AGGCCAAUGCCCUCUUGGUCUCCGCCAGCGCCAUGGCCAGUUGCCAACAGCUCAACGAUGCUCUCCGUGUAGCUGAGCUGGCGCGGGCCAUCUAUCGCGACCUAGGCAACGCUGAAGGCUUGACGGAUGCGGAGCGAUUCGCUGGUGUCGUAAAGGAAGCACUGCAGGAAGUGGCCCAGCAUGCCGCGGGAACCAGCAACGGCUACCCUUCCGGUGCUGCCAGCCGCGGUUCGGGUCCCGUGGGUGCCGCGGGGAACAGCAACGCGCAUGGCCUUGAGACGCGAGGUGCUCCACGGAAGUUGGGCUUCAGCAUGGACGCUGGGCGCCGUGACAAUGGCAGGCCUGACGACGGAAGUCUCAUCACUGGACAGCGUCGCCAAGCUGGACCAGUGGAUCCUACGCCACUCUACAACCGCAAGGCCUUCCCCUGGACGCCGCAGCAAGCUACGCCCAAGGCACCACAGAAGGCAGGCAUCUGAAGCGCCUUGGAACCCCUCAGGUAUGGCCUGGUGAAGAUUGGCUGUAGCUGCAAAAUUGGAGGCUUAAAGACCCGAACAAAC